AAAAAUUACUCAUGCUAUCCAACACCUGUCACAAGAUAUUUUCUCGUAAAAUAGAAUCCUUGAGUUUAUUAAAAUAACUAAAACACGAAAUGUUACUUAAUAAAGUGCACACUUUAGCUUGAGUUCAAUUCUAAUAUAACUCGUAAUAUUCACACAGAACAUAAAUGAAGAGGUGACAAAGUUUUGUGAUCUAAAGUUUAAUUUGAUUUUAUCAUUAAAUUUGUUUAUUUUGGAAAAUCGUGAUGAUUAAUAGUGAAGAUAUACAUCAGUGAUAAUAUCGAUGUUUGGAAGCUAUAUCUUGGCUCCAAAGUUAUUUCUUCUCCUGUGAUAUUUAUUCAAAAAGAUUAAUUCGCUAGUUAAUAAACCAAAGAUGGAGGCUAUUCAGGCGUGGUAUACAGACCUCAUGGACAACAGGAGCGAUCCUCGUGUGAAGGACUGGCCGAUGAUGUCCUCCCCGAUCCCGACGCUGCUGGCCUGCGUCACGUACGCCCUGUGCGCCAAGAAGAUCGGCCCAGCCCUCAUGGCCAACCGCAAGCCGUUCGAGCUCCGCAACGUCCUCAUAGUAUAUAACCUGAUACAGACUAUAUUCAGCGCGUGGAUAUUCUAUGAGUACAUGGCAAGCGGCUGGUGGGGACACUACGACUUCAGGUGUCAGCUGGUCGACUACUCGCGGAGCCCUAAGGCAAUGAGGAUGACGAGCACCUGCUGGUGGUACUACUUCAGCAAGUUCACGGAAUUCUUCGACACGCUUUUCUUCGUGCUGCGGAAGAAGAAUGAGCACGUGUCCACCCUGCACGUCAUACACCACGGCAUCAUGCCCAUGUCUGUCUGGUUCGGAGUGAAGUUUGCGCCGGGCGGUCACAGCACAUUCUUCGCGCUCCUCAACACUUUUGUGCACAUAGUGAUGUACUUCUACUACAUGGUGUCGGCGAUGGGGCCCAAGUACCAGAAGUACAUUUGGUGGAAGAAGUACCUCACCGCCUUCCAGAUGGUCCAGUUCGUGCUGAUCUUCAGCCACCAGCUGCAAGUGCUGUUCCGGCCGUCGUGCCAGUACCCGCGCGUCUUCGUGUUCUGGAUCGCGAUGCACGGCUUCCUCUUCUUGUUCCUGUUCACGGACUUCUACAAGGCGCGAUACAAUAAGGCCGGCAAGAAGCCCAAGAGCAAUGGACUUUGUAUGACGGUACUUGAAGACAGCAGCUCACUCAGCGGCAAGAAUGGCUACAAGCAAGAGGAGGGCUCCGCGGUACCGAACUCGUACGCGUCGUCGGCCGCCGACGCCUUCGUCAGACGCCGUCCCAUCAGCUAGAGCGCGCGCAAACUUUCGACGAGGCACAAACGCACGUGAACUCUCGACGAGGCACAACGCGCGUAACGACGAGCCAAAACGCGCGUAACUCUCGAUGAAGCCCAAACGCGCGUAGCGACGAGCCAUAAAUACGCGUUAAACUUUCGACGAUGCAUAAAAGGAGUAACCGCUCAUUUCGUCGAAGUAGUGCUUCAGUCGACUGUCGAGUCAUCGUAUUUCAUAAGUAGGAGACUUUCUACGCCUAAACUUCUACGUGUAGAAAGUCUCCUUCCUUUGGUCACGUGGUCGUCGAUGUAUUCACUCGUCGGAGUACUUCAGUAACGUCAUCCUAUAUUAGAACCGGACGAUUUUAUACACGUAGACUUCUACUACGCGCAGAAAGUCUCCCGCAUUCGCAAGACUUGAAUUUUAACAAUAGAAGCUCCACUUAAGUUUAUCUAAGGAAUUGUGUAUUUAAGAAUGUGUGAAAGAAUCUCUACAUGUAUUCUUCUGCGUGUAGGAAUUCUUCUGUGUGAAGAAUAUUUUAACGUUGAGGUAAAACCACAGUGCUCCAUUCGUCGAGGUGCAUGCUAAGAUUUUCUUGAAGCGCGGAAGAAAGUAAGAAAACUGGAAAAUCUUCCGACAUGUUUAGUUGUGUCACAAAUUGUGGAUGUAAACAAUUCAUAAUAUAAAUAUUGUAUUUUUCGUUCAAAACAGCUCGAUUAUUUUUCAAUUAUACUAAGAAAUUCAUUCUUCGAAAAUCUUAGUGUUUAUGUUUGUAAUUACUUUUUAAUUAAAUGUUUUAAUAACCUUUAUUAAAUUGAGGUUGCGGUGUAAAAAUAAAUUA